CCGGAUGUGACGUUACCGCCCUCGCGCCCCACUUCCGCGGCGGAAGAAGCGGGUGCGCAGUAUGGAGACGCCGCCGGGUCCGCGCGAGGAGGUGGUGGCGAAGCGGAUUGACCCCGCGCGGGACCCGGACCUCAGCGUCGAGCAGCGCCGCAUCAUCCAGAGCCUGGAGUACGCGCAGCAGCAGCGCGCCAUGCAGCGCCGGCUCCGCGGCCGCAACGCGCUGCUGGCGCUCGGCAUCGGCUCCAUCACGCUUGGCAUCUACGCCUACACCUUCUACUCGGGGUCCCAGGAGCGG